CUAACGUUUUGACAGCUGCGAAUUGCAUCUUCCGCCGCAAAAUAGAGUAAAUAGUGCGUGCAUUUUAGAAACGUAAGAACAAAAACCCUACCGAAAAGGAGCAAAUAUUUUUACAGCAGUUACCGCGUGGGCCUGCUAACAGCAUCCAACUGUUUACACACGCGUUCGAAGUGGAUACGGUUGCGCAAAUUCUAUGGCACAACUUUGGAGUUGCGGCGCUACGCUCAAGAGGGUGGCAGCAUGGUGGUUUCCGCUCGUAUCACUGCUCUUGCUACAGUGCCCUUGGAACGUGUCGGCGAUACAGAAAGAAAUGACUGUCAGCAUCGCACCUGGGAAGGUGGAUUGUUUCUUCGAAACCGCAAAAGCCGGCCAGACGAUCGACAUCGAGUACCAGGUGAUAGACGGUGGGCACGGUGAUUUGGACAUCAGUUUCGAGCUGGCCGAAGUGACGGGACGCACCAUAUUUGCCGAUUACAAAAAGUCGGACAACAUACACCGGUUUCCGGUGCCGUACGAUGGCGAGUACAAGUUUUGCUUUGAUAAUGGUUUUAGCCGGGCGAACAGUAAGACGGUCUUUUUCGAGCUCAUCAUCGAGCGGGAAGGCGACCAGGACGAUGCCAGCUGGUCGGACAUCGAUCUGCUCGAAGGCCUGACGCCGGAAGAGUUUUACGAGAUGAAGGUACAGGACAUGGAGGACGCGAUCAAGCGUGUGCGGAACAACUUGACCAAAGCGCGACAGCUGCAAGAUAUGCUACGAUCGCACGAAGCUCGUGACCGUAACGUGGCCGAGGAAAACUACUUUAAGGUGAACGUGUGGUCGUUCUUCCAGAUUUUGGUGAUGGUAGCAGUCGGCACACUGCAGGUCUUCAUGGUGAAAUCAUUAUUUGACGUGGAAUCGCGUGCUUACAAGCUGCUCACCAAGCUAUAACGAGCCUCUUGCCAAGAAAUAUUAUUUAACUCGAAUCACAACAACGCACAGCGCCAGUUUUGCCAACAAACCAAAGCUUCAUCUCGUCAUUAUGGAACGCCGCGUAUGGAAGGUUGGGUGUAUCGGACAAUCGGACAGCAUGAACUUGAUAGGAUAGCGAUCGCUUAAAAUUACACAGAAAUAAGUCAUCGAUACCAACAAAGUGCCAUAGAUGGUGUGGGUACGGGUCCCGCGCAAGGGGUCCAUGAGUGAGAUCGUUUCCUUCAUUUGUCAUUUAUUAUCGAAAUAAAAAAAACGGGACAUUUUAAUAGGAAGC